AUGGACGACUCAGUGAUUUAUCCGCAAGAUCUCCAAUAUUGGAGGACACUGCCCGCGUACACCGGGCUCUCUAAACCUCCACAGGCGGACGCAGCGACGCAGACAUCCCCCCGUCACGACGGAGCCCGGACGCCGCCAACUGGAGACGUACCAGACACUUGGCCCGCGACCAAGCCAGCACCGACCGUUAAACGACCCCCGACAUUGGAGGUUCUCAACGAUGGAGUUGAAGCCAGGUUCUCUAUUGGCGAAGACGUAUUUGUUACAGUCGGUUGUUUCAAGGGGAUGCCGCUAGUGAAUGUGCGGAGGUUCUAUCGACCUUGUCCCGGGAAAGACGUGUGGAAGCCCGGUAAACAAGGGCUGGCUCUAGCCCCAGAGCAAUGGCUCGCUCUCAAACGCAACAUGAGCAGCGUGUCGUCAGUUCUCCUGGCUUGCGGAUUUUCAGCCAAGCACACAUCAUACAACGGGAACGGGAGCACGUUCCUACCCAGCCGAUUCGACCUGGGAAACCAACGAUAUGCCGUCGUGGAGCUGUUCAGAGGGGAAGCGGUCGUGAGUCUACGAGAGUUUUUCAGACCGAAAGCGGAUCAAGGCAAACUCCUCCCGAGCAAGAAAGGGCUCAACCUAUCAACCCAGCAGUGGGAUGCCCUGGAGGAACAGGCAGACAAGAUCGAUGCCGUCCUGAAAACCGUCCUCGAGCAGAAAUCGCUGACCAGCAAAGUUCUGAAAAAAUAG